AUGCAAGAAAGGAGUGAAAAAGGGAAGCGAGAGGAGUUAAAGUAUGCUAAAUGCAAAACAAGGGGUAAGAUUGAGGUUAAGGUUAAGAUUAAGACUAAUGAUGUUCUAAUCCACAUGAAGGACUUUAAAAGAAACAAUGAUGACAUGCAUGAUUUUAUACAUGAUAUAAGCGGUUCUAAUUUUCUUCUGGAAAGUGCAAGUGAGAAAACUGCCUCGAAAAUGAACAACCUAAUAGGGCAAACCAAUCAAACCAUGAAAAAGGCAGAUCCAAAAGACAAGGGAGUUGUUUCCUUAAUUUUCUCUGUCACGCCUAAAAAGACCAAAAUUGAGUCGUUUUCUUCAUCGAGGUUAGAGAAAGCCGAAGACAAAAACAUUAUCCUGUCAUAUUUUAUACCUAUGGUGCCAUUAAAUCAAGGUAAACUGAGAAGAUGGUUGAUGUAUACCAUAAAUCAAAUGUACAUGGCAUCUUUACUGUUGUUACAACGUCAGAAUAUCUAA